AUGGCAAAAAACAAACGCGCGCUUAAUUUGCCGCACCCUGUAUUUGUUACAUUAGCUGUAUUAUGGAGUGGAUCAUCCUCUUCUAAAUUAUUUUCAAUUGCUCUAUCAAUGAAUGGUCAAAGAUUGUUAGUUGCCUAUCCUUGUGUUUUACUUUAUUCUGUUUUUGCUCUUCUUGCUAUAUUUUAG